UGCGCCGUUGUCGAUUGUCUUUUCAUCGGGGCCUGAUGUGAGUUCAUAUUGUGGGCGUUCACUUACUUCAAGUCACUAUUUUAGCCUCGUCAGACUUUUGAGAGAGCUGACGAUUUUUUUUAAUGUGGCAGGACUACCUAGCAGAUGUUUUGUCGUCACCACAUUUAUCUGAGGCAGGGGUGACAUCUACAAGAUGUACUUUUCCUGCUUUUGCUCCUGAUGUAUCUACGAUGUUCUCGACCUUUUUUAGCCACGAGGUGCCGGUUUAUGUGGAUCGAAACGCCCCCAGCGCUCUUAGCACAUCCGCAUGAUUUCCGGCAAGACAGGAGGCGUCUUGUUUUUGAAGUGGAACAGUAGGGAAUGAAUACUCAGGGGCUUUAGCAUCAGAUACGCAGUUUUAAGUUCUUAUCAGUCUGCUGGGCGACAGACUGUCUUAUUUUUCCUUCAAUCGACCAAAAAGCCGUGCAUAAAAACUAGACUUAGCUCUGCUCGUCAAAAUGUGCACCGGAGAGACUGCAAAUACGAUACAGUCGUUACCUACAUCGCAUUGUGUUUGAGUUCGCCGUUUUCUUUGCCUCCCGAUCGAUUUUUUCCCCGCCAAGAAUGACGCUAGUUCUGAGGGCGAGGAAAUGUGAUGCAAAAGCGGUGAUCAGGUUGAAAAUGAUCAGAUUUAGACCUGUACAAUUAUUGCGCUCACAAUGCCCCGGACUUUAUUUGGUUGCGUGUGCAAUUAAAAGCAAGACUGGGAGCUGCCAAAAAUAGGCCGAGACAGUAAGUAACAUAGUAAUUCGUGCCUGGCUUAUGCGGUUGGCAGAACAUUUUGUUUGCACAAUUCGUCUUUAGCUCAAGGAUCGAAGAUGGAUUUCUCGUUCCUGAACUGGACCGUGGCGAACGGCAGCGGCCAUUUCAUCCAGCACGGCCAACUCUUCGGGACAUUUAACCUGUCGUGCGAUACGCUCGUGUUUGUCGAGACGGAGGAAGAAGUGGAACAGUACAUGUACAGCCCCAUGGAGAAGAUUGUCAAUACUUACAUCCUGCCGAUCAUCAUGGCCAUCGGUCUUCUGUCUAACAUUGCCUUCUUGUUCGUAGUGGCUCGUGUACAUCGGAUGAGGACAGUGGUGAAUGUGUACCUAGUCAGUCUCGCCUUUGCUGAUAUUCUGUUCUUGGGAGCCGCUAUGGGACAGGAGAUUGCCCACUUCGCCAGCUCGCCCAUUGCUAAAGACCAGGGUAAUAUCAACUUCGGCUGCUUCAUCGUCAUCUAUGUGGUCUCCUACAUCGCCUUCUUCACCAGCGAGUUUCUGGUAACAGCGGUGGCCUUCGAGCGAUUCUACGCCGUCUGUCGCCCAAUGAAGGUUUUCGUGGGCAACGCUGACCCGUGGAACGCGUCCAAACUGGUCGUGCUGUCGUGGGUGGUGGCGGCCAUAUUGGCAGGCACCACCGUGCCGUCACAGUGCCGGACCGUCGUCUACUGCAUGAUGUGGCCGACCAUGGAACUCGAAGCCACCCUACCAGCCACCAUGACUGCCUAUCUCUCCGUCUCAGAGGCAGUCUUCCGCUACGCCAGUUUCAUCCAGACUUUUCCCUUCUUUGUCGCCAUGGCGGUCAACAGUGUCCUCUUCGUGCGCGUCAUGCGCGCCAUGAACGACCGGCUUGGCGUCAUCGGUCGGCAGGCGGCCGGCGUGCGGAAGAACCUGGAAGUCCGCAACCAAAUCGCACGGAUGCUGGUCAUCAACGGCGUCAUCUUCUUCCUCCUGAUGGCGCCGUUCCAGACCCUCUCCCUCUACUGGUUCGUCCGGCGUCUAACAGGACACACACGCUACCAAUCCAACAAGCAGUUCGAGGGUUUCCUCCUGUUCAGUCAUCUGCUGACGUACUGCAACUCCGCCAUAAACCCGAUCAUCUACAACGUGGCCAACUCGCGGUACCGGCGGGCUUUCUACGAGGCGUUCAGCGUGACCUGCGGAUCGAGGUGCCGCUCCGACCCGUCCGCUCAGGGUGAGGCGGGCAAGAAAGAUCGGCGUGCUAUCUUCGCUACCUGUAGCUCCAUGAAGACAACCAAUGGGUCCAUGCGAAGCGCCAUGAAAAGCAUCGAUCGGUUGACAACUGAAGAGUCUCGAGCUUAAGACUCCCCGGCCAGUAAUACUCCGUAUAUAGGUAACUACGAAGAGAACUGUUUGAUCAAACUACAGUCAUACCUUCCAUCAACAUUGGGACAAAACUCAUAAAACAAAACUAAAGUCGUCGGAGUGCGCCAAUUUGAUUAGAUAUGUCGAGUAGAUUUGUUAACAAAAACAUGUGGCGUAUUAAACAAAGGGUCUAAUCUGCAGAGAGGUACUUGGGGCCGAUUUUAUGGAGAGGGGCACAUGUGGGCACAGAUUAAAACAGUAAAAAGCUCCUUUUCCCAAAUUCUGAGAGGGAGGUUGAGUGACAGGCCUUGAGCGAGGGGAGGGGCCGCUGUGCACGCCCACUUGCCAAUAGCUCACUUAAUUAUUACUGUAAAAAUUUGAUUUUCGGCAGAAACUUUGAGAUGCAUUUAAGGGUUUGAUAUUUCAGCCAGAACAGCAUUGAUGGAGUCGCUUCUCAGUUACAUUAAGUAAAUUAACUGCAAUGUAAGUCACAGCUUUUGCUACAAAGCCGCUUAUUCACAAUGACGUCACCUUUGUUAUUUGCCAUUGUCUUUAUAUUGAGAUUAUCCCAACCAAAUUUUGUAACUUAUUGUUGAAACCGGUCUUGAAAAAGACCCUCAGACAGGAAGUUUGCUGGCCUUGGUUUAAAAGAGGAAUUCUAACACGAGCAUUGUGAAUAAUAUUUCCCUUAUGAUAAUGUUAACCACAACGUUAAUAGAAACUGUGGUCUUCUUUUGUAUUUGUCCAUAAAAGCUAACUUUUUGCGCGGCAGACUUUGUGACGUGUUUAGAUCGCUUUGACGUGCGUAGAAUUACAUAUUUCGUAUAUUACAAGUUGUCGGUGCAUAAAACAACAUAACUCAGAUUUUACUUUGUAUUUAAACUUAUUUAAAUAUUGAAUAGUGGGACAGUUAAUCGUUGGAAAUGACAAAGCUCCGUUCGGAUCUGUUAUUUUGCACAAUGCAUCAUUCCGAAGGAAAGCGCGCCUUCAAGAGAGAUUUUGGGCAAAACUAGAUGUGUCUUGCAUGCCUUUAAAGAUUUUCGUGCAAUAUCGGCUGUGAACAUUUUGUGAUAAUAAAGUAGUCUGUCAAAGCAUGUGUGUAUA